UUUAGUGUGGAGGCACAUUGAGGUCAUAGUUCAAAAGGGGUCAUGGAUACACUGGCUUUAGAGGCGAAGGCAACUGGGCAAGAAAAGAAAAGUUCAGCCCCAAGACCAAGACCUAAACCACCCAAAAAGGCCAAAAGGAUUGUUUACUUUGAGGUAGAAAUCGUGGAUGCCAAGACAAAGGAGAAGCUACUACUCUUGGACAAAGUUGAGCCAACUUCUACUAUUUUGGAUAUUAAGGCUUUGUUCCACAAAUCAAAUCCCCAGUGGUACCCAGCCAGACAGUCCUUACGCCUGGAUCCUAAGGGUAAGUGUCUGAAGGAUGAGGACGUCUUGCAGACACUUCCUGUUGGAACCACGGCCAGCUUCUACUUCUCUGACCUGGGGGCCCAGAUCGCCUGGGGCACUGUCUUCCUAUCAGAGUGUUACGGACCACUGCUCAUCUACUUGAUGUUCUACUUCCGCCUGCCUUUCAUCUAUGCCCCAAAGUAUGACUUUAGCAGCAGCAAGCACUGGGUUGUACAUUUGGCCUGCAUGUGUCACUCCUUCCACUAUGUGAAGAGAAUCCUUGAGACGCUGUUCAUCCACCGAAUCUCCCAUGGUACCAUGCCACUGAGAAACAUCUUCAAGAACUGCAGUUAUUACUGGUGUUUCGCAGCAUGGAUGGCCUACUACAUCAACCACCCCCUCUAUACACCGCCCUACUAUGGGCAACAGCAAGUGAAGACAGCACUCAUUAUAUUCUUAUUCUGUCAGGUCGGCAACUUCUCCAUCAACAUCACUCUACGCAACCUCAAAUGUCCAGGUUCGAAGGUCAAGAAGAUCCCACACCCAACUAAGAAUCCAUUCACCUGGAUCUUCGCGUUGGUGUCUUGUCCAAACUAUACAUACGAGCUGGGGUCGUGGAUGGGCUUCACAGUGAUGACCCAGUGCUUGCCGGUGGCUUUCUUCACCAUCGUAGGCUUUGUCCUGAUGACGGUGUGGGCCAGGGGAAAGCACCGAAACUACCGCAAGGAGUUCCGUGACUACCCCACCCUGCGCUCCCCUAUACUGCCCUUCAUCCUUUAGUCAGAGAGGGGCUGGUUCCACACAUAACUUCACCCCUUUCAGCCCCACUGCAGUAUACAGCUGGUGCUUCUGACUGGGUAGGUUGGAAGGAGUCGUUGGAAUAGUUCAACUACACUGUGACUGGUUUUGGGGAGUUGAAAACCCCUUUUGAUGACUUAAAUGCAGAGGAGUCUUAAUCUGAUGUAAUGUGUACUACCGGUAUCUACUGUACAUGUCAAUGUGUGGAGGCACAAAUUAAUGGAAAAAAAUACACGUGUUUUACUAAAGUGGUGACUUAACUGUCGACUAAACUGUUCUGUUUGGUUUUGUAUUAUUUGUUGCAUGUUAUAGCUUGUCGUUUGAGUCAAGAUUGAACGUGUCAUUGUUUCAAGUAAAUUUAAUCUAACAG